UCGAAUCAUCCCUACUUCUCCCUAUCCGCUACGUUACACCAAUGGGAUAACUGCAGGCCCGACAACUCUCUCUGAUUGGUUCGGCUCAACGAGGGGAGCGCCGUAUAUAUUGACCGCGGCACCGACGGCACCCCUACAAUUCACCGUCGACCUCGAGCCGACAUAGAGUUCUGUGUUUUCCGACGCAUAUCUAUCUGCAGUUGAAAAUGCCACCAAAGGCCAGCGGUAAGGCUGCGAAGAAGGCCGGAAAGGCCCAGAAAAACAUUUCCAAGGGCGACAAGAAGAAGAAGCGCAAGAGGAAGGAGAGUUACGCGAUCUACAUCUACAAGGUUCUGAAACAAGUCCACCCCGACACCGGAAUAUCGAGCAAGGCGAUGAGCAUCAUGAACAGCUUCGUCAACGACAUAUUCGAACGCAUCGCCGCCGAGGCCUCGCGUCUCGCCCACUACAACAAACGCUCGACCAUCACCUCCCGGGAAAUUCAGACCGCGGUCAGGCUGCUGUUACCUGGUGAACUGGCCAAGCACGCCGUCAGUGAGGGCACCAAGGCGGUCACCAAAUACACCAGUUCCAAGUGAGCUGCUGCUCCCCGACAAACGACAAACCGGCCCUUUUUAGGGCCACCAAUUCAUUUCAAAGACAAAGAACGAUUCCUUUCUGGCUGAAUUCAAUAUGUUAAUGCUGCUCGUAAAAUAAUUCUCGAGUUUUCUUCUAGGUUGAUGCGAAAAAACCGUUUGCAAAGGCAGUUCUCGCAUGGAAAACUCUCAUGCGUACGUGCAGGAACCUAUUUUUUCAA